GUGGUGCACUUCCUGGACAUAGAGACCUGGACGGAGAACACUCGCUGCUGGCAGAAUGGCGCCUCUAUCUCAUCUGCAGCCUUCGCCCUCGACGAAACACACAUCGUCUGCGGGUGCAAUGACGGCUGCGUAGGUGUGUGGAAUAUCGCGGAAGCAGAGGACCGACCGCGUACUAUGCUGCAGGGCCACACAGGCCGCGUCACCUCCGUUGCGUGCGCACGCCAUGGUACAACCAUCCUUUCCGCAUCUCUCGAUUUGGAACCGUGGCAGAAUCGACCUGAAGACUAUGACUGUAGCGUUAGGCUCUGGGAUCUCACGCACCUCCUGUCGCCGUCGCCCUCGUCCGCUGACGCCGUGGCUCCCUCCGGUGGGGAACCGGCCCCACCGAGAUUUCAGGAACGUAUCCGGGAGCAGGACGGUUGGCUGUACUGCGUUGACCGCUCUCGGUCCGAAGGAGCAGCACCGCAUGCAAGGGAGAUACCAUACACGGAUGAGCACUGCGCACCCUUCCUGAAAAUUCCACCCAUCUACCCUUCGUUUGCCCGCUUGUGCUCGCCCUUUCAUCGAGGCGUCUUAACCGCCUCACCAUCCUGCACGGUUACUCUCGAUAACGAGGCCUGCCUGGACGAAUGGUGCAUCACCUAGUCUGUACCUACGUCCAAAGUAAGUCACCCGC